AUGGACAGUCCCAGCACCUCCGCGCCCGCCGCCCCCGCCUUCCCGGAGCAAGCUUCGCGCUCUGACGUCGACGAGAUCUUGCGACGGAAGCGAAAGGCCAGGGAGUACAAGGCCUGCUAUCCGUGCCGCCAGCGCAAGGUCAAGUGCGACCAGGCCGUGCCGUGCAAGACGUGCAUUGCCAGAGAACAUCCGGAGCUCUGCACAUAUCAUCCUCCUGCCGAGUCCCACCCGCCGGCGAAGCGCAUCAGCCAUGGCCCCAGCCAUUACGGCCUCGCCGACUCAUCAAACGGUCUUAAUAGCUCCAUCAACUACAACGUCAACGGCACAGUCACAAUCGGGCGCGAGGAUUGGGAGAGACUAUGCUCCAAGCUGAAUGCCGUCGAGCGGUCAUUGCUGGACUUGAAAGGCACCAUUCGACACGCUUCCGAAGGACCCGUCGGGCCGUCAAACGGUCAUACCGAGACCGCCGCGAGCACUCCCUCUAGACAGCUCUCUGCGGACCCGAGCACCCGCCACGUCAGUAGUCAGGGGAUCCACACGACGAACAGUAUUACGGGUCAAACGGUCCAUCUUGGUGGAAAUUCCGUGCCUGCUCUGGUGAUGAGUUUGGGAAAGGGUGAAGCUGGGAGCAGCGGCGGCGUGCAAGAAUUGCUGGGCAAAAAUGUCCUGCCAAUAUUUGGCUUGGACAACGAAAGCGCCACAUAUCCGUUUGUGGACCUUUGGGGUCUGCCGCACGGAUCCAUGUCUCGGGUGUACGAACUCUGCAAUGCUUUGCCGAAUGACUCGGACUGCUGGAACUUGCUCAAGUAUCACAAAGAAACGGCGCAUGUCGUUUACCCCGCCGUUGCCGACAUCGAAAAGCUCGAAUCGGAACUCUUGCGCUUCCUCAUCACGCGCGGAGGUUCCCGGACCAACGAGGAAGAUGGCAGCGUCACCGGAGUCACCGGAGUCACCGAACAGUCAAUCUUCGGCAAGGAUCUCCAUUGGGUCGGACUACUAUUCGCGGUGCUUGCUUCUGGGUGCCAAUGCUCUGCCUUGCCGCGCAAGGAACGGGAGCUGACAUCGCAGGUUUACGUGUGCUGCAGCUUCGAGUGUCUGCGUUCCACCAAUUUCCUGUCGCAUUCGAGCCUGGAGUCCAUCCAAUCGUUGCUGAUCCUCGGAAACGUCAUGUCGAACAAUAUGAAUGCUGGAGUGUCGUGGUCCUUGCUCGGCCUGACUAUUCGUCUGGCUCAGAGUUUAGGGCUGCACCGUGCCUGCCCAACCAGCUCCACCGAGGAAACUAAGCUCACGCGAAAGAAAGUGUGGUGGGCGGUUCUGUGGCAAGACAGCUUGCUCUCAAUUACCUACGACAGGGCUUCAUCAACGAGUACCACCGAGCUUGUUCCCAUCAACCCAGAAUCAAGCCCGGGAAACCGCCCGUACAUUGAGUGCAUGUACCGGCUUUGUAAAGUCGGUCUCGACAUUGUCAGCGAACGCGCAUCGAACCAAGACCCCGAUCUGCGGCGGAUAGCGGAACGGCGCCAAGAAAUCCAGGACAUCAUGUUUGACGCAGCCGACUUCCUUCGCGAUUCGCGCAAAUGCCGAUCGAUGCGGGACCAACUCCAGCACUGGGCGCUGUAUCUUCACAUGUCGUACAUCAUGUCGGAGCUCUGUCGACCCGCGAUCAGCCCGACCAUGGAGAACAACGAACUGACUCGCAGUAUGCGGAAAGCCUGCGUAGACAGUCUUGCCAAUACCGUCGAGGCAUUCCUUGGCCUGCAGAACAUGACAGUUUUCGCCUCGCGGUCCUGGGCCGCGGUGCACCGUUCCCUCAGCUGCGCGCUUCUCCUCGGCAUUCUAAAGGAACCGGAGCGCAACGAGCGCGCUCGCAUGUUGCUCGAGAAACUCAUCACCGUUCUUACGGAUAUUACUCGGCAAGUUGAUCCUGCCGAGCUGUCACAGCCGAUCACUCGCUCGAUGAUCGCUCUAAGGAAGCUCUUGAACCUUCAAGAGUCCAAAUCCACAUCGCUGGGGCUGCAACAGGCCAUGCCGUCGACGGCAACGAGCACUCCUACAAUGGUUGGCUACACCCUCGAAGACAUCAACGGUGCGCUAAUGGGAGACGACGGCUCAUUUCCUUUAAACCACAACAGUCCAUUGGUGGCGGAUCUGGAUUCCGAAGCCAGCCCAUAUGCGCUCAUGGACUCGAUCAUUUGGGGCGUCAAGAGAACACCGCCUGGUUGA